UACUUAUAUCUUUUUUUUCUGUAUUCCAGACCAUUACGUCAGAUCAUGCGACUUUGAUGGCGGGAACGACACAUGUGUACGGUGCGCACAGGGAACAUUUCUCGCUGAUAACACCUCAUCACAACAAUACAACCAUGAAUGUGUGUCCUAUCCAGAGUGUUUUCCAGAUGCAACCAGAAGCCUGUAUCCUAACUAUUGUGCUGGUCAGCACGUGGUGUACUGCAAGUGUGACGUAACUCGAAACUUCUGUGGCCAUGAUCCGUGCAAAUGUAGAUAUGGGCAUUGCUCCUACUCCGCUCCACUGUUACGUGUUAACUGUGGCUGUGACAGACGCUCAACGACGUCGACACCGACAACAACGACGACGACGAAAAUUACAACUACAACAGAAGAAAUGUCUUCAAUUAAAUCUACAAAAAUGCCAAAUGUUUCAAGUACUCCAGUUCAUUCGAGUCCGCAGACGACAAAGGAGCAAACAUCCUUGACAAAAUCAAGACAGACGACCAUCAAACCGGGCGGUGACGAAGAAGAUACCGGACUUUCAGGAGGAAUUAUUGCCGCCAUUGUUAUUCCGAUAGUUGUGCUGCUGCUGCUUGGUGUGGCUUGGUAUGUAAAGAAAAGAAUAUCAAGUAGCUACUCUCAAGCUAGGUUUAAUGAUGAUGGAAUAGAUUCUGGUGAGGAUGGUUUGUAAGAUACCAGCUGCACACACACACACACAGGACUUAACUUGCCGUGACUAGAAUAGAUUGAAAUAUCAUCGUUGUUAUAUUUGUAAUGAGCCAAAAAAUGUAUCAUGUUUUUUCAAAUUUUUAUAAUUUGUCUUUAUGUUUUGUUGUCGUAUUAACGGAAACAAAAAGGCACGCUUAUCCAGCAAUCCGUAGUCCAAAGUACAUUGUUGUAAAAAAAUCAAAACUAAUGACGUAUGAGUUGAUAAAGGUCAACUUUUAAUUUAAUCAAAGAUAACAUUUGCCUUGACGGCGGGAUAUUCUGGAAUUACCACAAUGUACUUAUGCUAUCACAAGUAAAAAAUAUGUUAAAAUGAGGUUGAAAUUAACUGUAAAAAAUCCUAAUACUUGAAAUACUUUACAAUUUAUUAUGGAAUUUAUGCUACGAAUUGUUUCUAUUCAGUAACUCAUGUGUGACCUUUUACAAAACAAGUAAAUAAGACCUUUCGAUGGAAUUAGACAAUAACAUGUUACAUUAUCGUUAAUUGUAACUCUUUAAGUCAAUACAUGUAGCCUUUGUGAUCUUAAAGAUAAAACAAUCAUGUAAAACCUUAUUUCCCUGGAGCUCAUAAAGACGGCACAUAAACAAACUUUCUUAGAAUAACUCAUUUACCAUUGUCCAUCACACUAGUGGACACUGACCAGGUAAUUGAAUUAGUAUGAGGAAAAUUCACGUGUUAAUUGGUCGAGUUAAUCAGGUAAAUUGUCGCACCUUUACGGCGAAGCGAGUGUUGCCGAUCGCGAGACAGUUAAACAAAAAGAAAGUCCGGACCUACUCUUUCAUUUGGAAUCAUCCUGAUAUGGAGUCCAACUAAGACUGCGUUCGCUCUAUUUUGGAAUCAUUAAGAAUAGCGUUUCAUAACAGGUUUUCUCAGGAUGUCACCAUGGUAUAGAUGCGGUGGUCACUUUAGGUCCAGCAAUCUAGGUGAUGUUCUGUCCCACGGACAGAUGUUUCUGCUUCUACUUUAGAAAGAUUGGACUUUUUUCAAGGGACAGGACAUUCCCCUUAAUCAGACACCGUCCACGACUUGACAUCCUCUCCCUGAGGCUACGUCUCUGUCAACACCAAAGGGAAAGCCAAAAUCCAGUGAAACGGCGGCGAGAUUACGAUCAUCUACAGAAAUAUCGAGAGAACAAAAUGAUACUAUCCGUUUUACCAUUUCGUUAAGUUUCGGACGAUGUCCUUAACAACACCAUUUUUCUAAAAACUAUUCCUGAAUUCUUAGAUCUGUUCUCUUGUCUCCAAACUUUCAAGUACUAAAUCAACCAUUUUGGCCAUUUCAAAACUAUAAACCACGAAACGUAAUCAGUUACAAACAUAACGGAAACGGAACAAACCCAACGCCAUUUAUCAAAUCUGAAAACAAGAACUUUGAAAAAAGAUGACGAACUGAACCGCGAGUAAUACACGAUCGUCAGCCUUUAAUACAAAUUAUGGGAACUUCAAAGUGUAUCACAUCAAAAUGUUUGCGACCCAAACUGUCGGAUCGUAUUCCUGCCAUCUCUCCAAUAUCGUAAUUAUGAUCAACGACGAAAACGAGUAUUGGAUCCAAUACGAACGACCGACGUCAAGAUAGCUGUAGAACGAACGGUGGACAUUUCCCGUAAGAUGCAAGGACACGUGUUCCCGAGACAGGAAGGAAACAAGGCAUCAUCCUUUGUUCUCAUUGUACAUUAUAUAGUAGAAUUUACAAUGUCUAAUAACGGACAGCUAUUGGCCUAAUAGUGGACAGUUAUAGGUAACAAACAUAAUUUUAAGCACUAGAACAUUUUAGAAGAAAAUCCAAAAUUUAUUUACAACUUUUUGUUUUAUUUUGUUUAAAGUCCUAUCAACAACAAAAGUCAUUUGAGGGCGUGCCUCCAUGUAUGUUGUGCAUGC